CAAAAUACUAUGCCUAGCCAAGCGCGAGCCGGCACCGACCAAGCCGCUGCGAAGGGGCAUACGACGUCGUUCGCAGGUAGACGAAGACGCAUGGCGAUGCGCUAGCCAAGACGACGUCUGGACGAUGGCGACGGCUCGAGGUCGGUUACGCCAUGAGGCCGUUGGCGAUGGGUCCAUAUUUGGAAGAUGAACCUCGAAGACAGCUGCGAGAGCGUGGACGAGGACGCCGAGCUCGAGCUCUCUUGCGCGCUCCAGGACCUCGCCGUGCGCUGCAAGUCGUUCACGGCCAAGAUGACGGACGACAUCCCCGAGAUCGCGGACGAGGAGAUCCACGAAGACCUCGAGUGCGACCCCAAGCAGCAGCGCACGAUGAAGCGCGAGCGGUCGCUCCAGGAGAAGGACUGGAACUACACGCAGACCAAGAAGGAGCUGAGUACGAUUCAAGGCAACAUCCGCGAGCUCCUCGAGCGCCUCGCCGCCGAGGCCAAGGCCUUCACACCCGACGAGGACGACGAUGCGAAGGCGACGCGCGCGGACGCCAAGCGCGUGUCCUGCAACCAGCGCCAGGAGAAAUGAUCCACCUCAUAUAUGUACUACGUCAACCUCAGGAAGAUAGCAUCAA